CACCAUACCAUCGACAAGAAGGCGACCUUGACGUGGCAAUACCCGAUUAAUUAUCCGAAGCGUGAUUACCAAUACAACAUCAUUCGUCGUGCACUCUUCACCAACACUUUGGUUUCGCUUCCAACUGGUCUUGGAAAGACGUUUAUUGCAGCAGUAGUCAUGCUUAACUACUUUCGAUGGUUCCCAGAGUCCAAGAUCAUAUUCAUGGCACCCACCCGACCACUAGUCAACCAGCAGAUCGAGGCGUGCUUUCAUAUUUGCGGCAUCCCUCAGGAGGACACAGCCGAAAUGACAGGACAGCAGAACUCGGAACUGCGCAAGGAAAUGUGGCUCAGUAAGCGUGUCAUCUUCUGUACGCCGCAGGUGGUGCAGAACGAUAUCAAGUCUGGAAUUUGCCCCGCAGAGUCGAUUGUCUGUUUGGUGAUCGAUGAGGCGCAUCGAGCGACAGGUCGGUAUGCUUACUCUGAGGUCAUCCGGUUGCUGGAUCCCUUGAACCGCGAUAUUCGGAUCAUGGCCCUGACUGCGACACCAGGAGGCGACAUUAAGAGUGUGCAGCAAGUGGUCCAGAAUCUCAAGAUAGCCAAGAUCGAGAUGCGAACAGAGGAUUCGAUGGACCUGCAGCAG